CACCCAUCGACAUUACCAGUGCGCGUAUUCCUUGUGUGUGUGGUCCUUCUUCAUCACCAGUCCGGACUUCGCUCUGCCGGGAAUCCGUGUGCGGGACCGGUGAGAUUCCCGGUCAGAGACGUCUGUAGCAUCGGUAGACAUCUAGAGGAGGCGCUUACCGACAGAGCUGCUUGUUCUUGUUCCUACCCGUCGCAGAACCUUCUUCUCUGGUUGUUGUGAGGUUCCCGAGUUUGGGGACAAAGCCUUCCGCAGGGCGACCCACCACUAUCGACCGACCGCCGCCGCCGGACUAGGCGGCGGACGUGGCUCUCCGCUACCUGUUUUUUUCUGUGUCGCGACCGCGCAUCAUCAUCUCCGGAUGAGUGGAGGUUCGUUGCCCCGUGGACAUGUGAGCUCCCCACCAACGGUCCGGUCAGCAGUGCCGCCGUCGCCGACCGAGUUCUGUUCGAGUACUACUGCCGUCACCGCCGUGGUUGUGCUUGCGGCGAAAGAGGAAGAGGCGCCCCACGGAUUACCUUAGGUUUGCCGUCGUCGUCAUCGACCGGGAUAUCAUCGCCGCGUCGUUCGUCACGGCUCUUCCGCGCUCAGCGAACGAGAGACGCCGCCAGCAUGAAGCCCGGCCGGACCAGCCCGCAGCUGAUCCGAUCGAGCAGCGGAGAGUCUCCAGACCAGGGUUACCUGCCCAACAAGAUACGCAUGGUGCAGCUCAAGCGACGGGGCACGGCUCCUCUGGGUUUCUCCAUACGAGGAGGUCGUGAACACGGCACCGGAGUCUUCGUGUCCCAAGUGUCCGGAGGAUCGGAGGCGCACCACAAGGGGCUCAGGGUCGGUGACCAGAUCAUCCGCAUCAAUGGCUAUCCCAUCGACCAUUUCAUCCACGAGGAAGUCCUGGCGCUGCUCAAGGCGAAACCCAACAUCGUGCUCAAAGUCAAAAGUGUCGGGAUGAUUCCCAUCAAAGACAACAAGCGCGACCCCAUCACCUGGAAGAUGGUGGAGCCCGACCCCUGCAGCAGCGGCUCCGACGGCACGCAUUCCGUGAGUAGUGGUUCGAGCCUCGACGAGUUCGUCGAGACUAAAGUCUUCAUCUCGGGCAUCGGUGGGUCCAGUCUCGGCUGCAGCGUGGUGAAGGGACCGCCCGAGCUGCCGGGCAUCUUCGUUCAAACCGUGAAACCGCAUGGUCUCGCCGAAAUUGCGGGUCUCGAAAUCGGCGACCAGAUCACCGAGGUCAACGGCCAGGGUUUCGUAAACGUCGAGUUCUCGGAGGCGAUCGCGAUGCUCAAGUCAUUCAAGGAGAUGGCCCUGACGGUCAGGAAAGGAGCCGGCCUGGAGCUCUUCCCCGAGGAGAGGCUGCGGAGGAUAAACGCGCGCCUCUGCAACCGCAGCGCCAAGGGGCGCAGCAACGGUCACACCACCAACGGCAACCACACCAUCCGCAACAGGACCCUGUACACGAACGGCACGAACGGCAAGGGUUCGCCGGAGUCCUUCCAUGACACGCUGACCAACGGCUCGCUAUCCGAGAUGUCCGACCGGAGCACGUCGCUGUCCAGCUCGCAGUCCACUAGUCCCGUCACCAACGGACACACCAACGGCACCAACGGCCUCGUCGAGUACGGACAGAAGCUCAGGUCCUCGGAGAACGGCACGCACCACCACCACCACCACUUGUACGGCACCAACGGGCAGCAUCUAUUGCUGGUGCCCAAGCUGAGCCUGGUGGGCGCCGAGGAGAGGCAGCGGAUCGAAGAGGAGAAACGGCGGCUGCUCGAAAAAGAACAGCUGCUGCAACUCGAGGCCGAGAAGCUGGCCGAGGAGCGCCGACAGCUCGAGGCACAGAAGCAGCUCCAGCAACAGCAGCAGCUGCAGCAGGAGCACCAGCAGCAGCAACAGCAGCACCCGAGGCCCGCCACCAUGCCGGCUGCGCCACCGGCCCCGCCGCAGAUGCACGUGUUCGCCGAGCUGCACAGCGUGGCGCAGCAGAGGCGCCUGCUGCGCGAGAAGGCCGCCCAGAACGGAGACGCAUUGGCGGCCAGGAAACCGGGAGGCAUCAGGCCCGGGCUCAGGCCGGACGCCAAGCCUUCGCCAGACGUCCUCAUCAAGCAGAAGCAGCAUGAGCAACUGAUGGUAGAAUUCCGGGAGGUCCACAAGAAGAUGUUCGGUGCGACGAACGCCGUCGUGGCCCCUUCGGAGCGCUCCGGGUCGCAGCAGUCGCAAGUCGACGCUGAUCUUCGCAAAUCGGCGGCAUUGAUCAACGCCCAAGAGGCGCAACAGGCGAAGGAGACAAUGGAGCAGGCUCUUGGAGAGCACGCUAACACGGUCAAGGACGAUAAGGCUGCGCCGGCCGCAGCAGUAACGAAUGGCGUUGAGGCUAAGGACGAGGCUCAGGGCGAGGACGAGUCUAAGAGGCAGGCCACCGCGGUUCCCUCCACCGACCUGCCCAACGUGGAAGGGAUACCGCCCGAAUACCACUCUACCGUGUCGGCAGGCCCCACGGGACCGGGCUACGUCACUGACUACGCCACGCUCAAUCUACCCAGCGAGGUCUCGUCGUCUGUCGAACCGUCCAGCGAGCUCGGCGGCGGCGGCGGCGGCGGCAAUCGCAAGCGCCACUGGCCGGCCUACGUGCCGCCCACGCAUCCUAACCCGCACAUGUUUAUUCAGCCGGCCAACGCGGACAAGGGCCCUAACGGCUUGACUUCAAAGAAGGAGCGGCCGAUUGCGCGAGCGGCGCAUGUGGUCAAGGGACCUGCGCCGAAACCGCCUGCGCCUGUAUCGGCGGGAGCAGCCAAGGAUGUGCCCAUCACGGACAGCCGGGGUCCCGAGGCCAAGCCUCCCAAAAGCUUCUUUAGUGGAAAACCACUGGUAACCAUUGGCAGUUACCCGGAUGGCAGUAACCCCAGGCCCAACCGAUUUGCCCGACCUGCUAAUGUCGAGAUCAUCGACGCCGACAAAGGGACGACGACAGUUGACUCGUCAGGAAAGUCUAGCGGUGUACGAACGCCUUCCCCAGGACGGACACAGUCACCGGAUGGCCCCAAGAUGACCGUCAGUAUCAACUGCAAGGCGCCCAACAGACCCAGCCUCAGCACGAGAUUCACCACCAAUGCCAGUCCUACACAGCCUGCACUGGCAAAUCUUGCAAAUGAUGUGACUGAAGGGGCUGUUGUGAAGACGCUAACAUUUAAAAAGGAUGGUCCCUUGAACCUGAUUCUCGAUGGGGGCCUCAACUCCGCGCACGACGGGCGCAUCGUAGUAGCUGAGGUACGUGAGGGCGGCAUGAUCCCCGUGGACGGAGAAAUUAGCGCCGGAGACCAGAUUCUCAUGGUGGACAACACCCGCCUGGUGAACACCACGCUCACCGCUGCCAGGGUGGCCAUCCAGAAUGCCAUGGCAAGCGCCGACAAUGACCUCCGGCUGACCAUUGCCAAGAUGCCGUAACAUGCCGUAAUUGCAUUGCUCUACACAGCGUCCUGCCUCAGAAAGCCAUAAAACAAUGCCCAGUUGUUUUUUGUUGUUUCGUAUGUAACCCAAUCAGGACACGGACCGCUGCAGUUUCAGUUCUGUGCACUGUUCUGAUGAUCAUACGCGGACCUGGCCAUUUGAAGCAAUGGCAGACACUGAGAACAAAACGGAUGUGCAGCACUUGUCGAAGAAUACUCUUAGAUGAAACUUAAAAAUUCCUGUACAUACCAGUUGAACCAAGCUUGCUGAAGAACUUUGUUUGUUGUUGUACCAUAUUCAGACCCAGUGUUGUCUCAAGAGUAUGUAAAUAAAGGAAAGAUGAAAUUUUCUUCCAA